UACUGCAAUGAAUCUCAGCCGAGCAGCAUUGAUACACGACUUUGUUUAUUAAUAACUGCUUUCAAGCAUUAGAAUGGAAUCUUUUACAUCACCGAGAUGCUUUCUUAUUGGGAUGCUAGUUGCGAUUAGCAUUUUCGCCAUUGGGUUCCAUAUUGUAACAGCGCAACAAGAAAAGUCAGACAAUGAGAUCGAUAAUGACAACGAGAAAGGUGAUAGCAAUGGCAACUAUUAUAACAACUUGAAAAUCGUAAAACGAGAAGAAUGGGAAGCUUUGGAACCUAAGAAACCACCAAAAAAACUUCAAGUAUUGCCAGCACCAUUCGUAAUAAUCAGUCAAACUAACACACAGGCGUGUAGACUAAGAACAAAAUGUGUUAAAAGCGUUCGCAAUUUGCAAAUCUCUGCUCUGACGUCAGCAUUACAAGAUGAUAUUUCGUUUAAUUUUCUUGUUGGCGGCGACGGUCGAAUUUACGAGGGUCGAGGCUGGGACGUCGAGGGUCAACAUACUGUAUCCCAUACUAACAGAAGCAUCAGGUUAGCCUUCAUCGGGCAGUUUGAAACUGAUGAUCCAGCCGAGCCACAGGUUAGCGCAGCAAUAAAACUCAUAGAGUAUGGUGUUAAAAAUCGCAAGAUAAGCGAGGAUUACCACGUGAAAGCUUUAAAACAAGUAAAUUAUUUUAAUGAAAAUCCAGGCGAUAACCUUUACAAGAUCAUCAAGAAUUGGGAACAUUGGGAUCCCUCAAGCUUGGGUAACGAAAGCACCAAUGUAACCGAUUAUUCAGAUAAGAAAUUUCGAGAAAACUCUAUGUAUGGAUGGGAUUGCAAACCGGUAGUUACGACCACGUUUCGAAGUGGUUCUCGAUUAAUGCAAGGGCCAAGAGUUUCAUGCGUAAUGCGAGAAAUUAAACCUAACCAGAGUCAUGUACCCAAUUUUGUUCAACGUCCUAAUUAUUUUCCUAAGUACGGUAAUUAGUAAUAGGAAACAAAUAGCAUUAGUUUUAUAUAAAUACGUCUAAUAUGUAGAAUGACCUUUAUAGUAAUUGGAUAUUCAUGCCGUACAGACCAAUUGAAUAUGCAUAUUCAAUUAAUACAGAAGUUAUUCAUUGAAAUCUUUAACAAUAAUGUGCAACCUUUUUAGAAUUACUGUAUUAUUUGGUCGUAGUAGGUACGCAUGGAACUAUCUGUAAUGUACAUGAUAUUAAUAUAUUAAUAAAAUUAUUAUUUUUUCGGAGAAA